AAGCGUCGGCGCACAGAAGGAGGGCACUAGGACCGCCCGCCGGGGUGUGGAAAGGUCUGGUGCCCGGGGCAGGAAUAGUGCCCCGGAGCCAGUCUCCCGGGAAGCCGGCUCUGGGAGGGCGGGGAUUGCGCACCGCCCCGGAAGUGGAGGUGGAGGGCUUUGUUUCCGGGAGGGAAUCUUCCUGGACGGACCGCGAGCGGAGGUAGAUUCCUGCUUGUGUUUGAAAUGCAGUUAACACAUCAACUAGACCUAUUUCCUGAAUGCAGGGUGACACUUCUGUUAUUUAAAGAUGUAAAAAAUGCUGGAGACUUGAGAAGAAAGGCCAUGGAAAGCAACUUUGAUGGCGCACUGAUAAAUCCUACAGUGAUUGUCGAUCCAUUUCAGAUACUUGUAGCAGCAAAUAAGGCAGUUCACCUCUACAAACUGGGAAAAAUGAAGACAAGAACUCUGUCUACUGAAGUUAUUUUCAACCUUUCCCCAAAUAACAAUAUUUCAGAGGCUCUGAAAAAAUUUGGUAUCUCAGCAAAUGAUACUUCAGUUCUAAUUGUUUACAUUGAAGAAGGAGAAAAACAGAUAAAUCAAGAAGACCUAAUCUCUCAAGUAGAAGGUCACCAGAUUUCUCUGGAAAAUCUUUCUGAAAUAACAAAUAUUGCAGAAGUCAAAAAGAUAUAUAAACUGUCUUCACAAGAAGAGAGUAUCGGGACCUUAUUGGAUGGUAUUAUUUGUAGAAUGUCAACAAAAGAUGUUUUGUGAAAUGUUUUCAUUAUUAACUGAAAGUUCCAGCAUUAAAGAAACAUUGACUCUUG